UGUUCAGUCGAAUCAAGGAAGACGGGACCCUAAGCAUAGGUUUUUGUUCUUCAAAAAAUUACUCUUCAAAAAUAAUCAACAAGUUUAACUACUGUUAUCUUUACAAAACCAACAACUUCAGAUGAAAGGACAACAAAUUUCACAACAAUCAAGACCACAGAUGCAACAGACACCACAAGGUUCAAUGCAACAAUCGCCACAACAUCAAAUGCAACAACCUGUACAAUCGCCUUCAAUACAGCAACAACCACAAACACCUAUACAAAAUUCAAUACAACAGCAGCCUUCUAUACAACCUUCUUCACAACAGCAAACGUCUUUAUCUCCUCAAAUACAACCAAAUAUGUCUGUAGGUACAGCUGUAGGAGCGGGACGUGGAGCAGCAGUAAUUAGAGGAAAUGCUAAAAAAAAAGGAGCGACUACUACAAGAAAAGCUAGUACUGGAGGUGGACGUACUAAAACAGCACCUUUCGAAAAAAGUAAUUCUGAAGAUUCGAAAUUACCUCAAUAUUUAAAUCAAAUGGCUACUGAUUAUCUUAAUCAGGCUCACCAAUUGGGUGUUGAAACUGAAGAAGGUAUGAAAAUGUUUAAAAAGUAUGAGGAUACGAUGAGCGCGAUACAACAAAUCAAUAUAAACAAUCAAAAUAACCAACCUGCAACAAGUUACAAUUUAUCGAUGACGCAAGAUCAGACAUCUUCUACCUCAACGUCUAUUUCUUCUCCACACACAGUAACUCGUCCUAUUGCUGUUACAACCGCAAUGUCAUCGACAACUCCAAUGUUAUCAGUGCAAAGACCUCAACAACAUACAAUACAACAACAACAACAACAACACAACAACAGCAACAACAGCAGCAGCAACAGCAAGCACAUCAUCAUCAAAAUAGACAACAAAUUGUACAGACUAGACCUUUAGAAUAUCAAAAUAUCCAUAAUUCACACCAAUUAAUAGCCGAAAAGAAUCCUAAUAUUGCGGUUAAACAAGAAAUAAAUAUUCUAAGAACUAUGCCACAAAAAUUUCAAGGGGCAGUUCCCCAUAUGUCUUCGCAAUCAUUUAUGAAUUCCCAAGCAAUCAGAUCUCCAACAAAUGUAUCAUCACCAAGGACGAUGCCGAUGAAUACAAUGAAUACGUUAGGGCAAAAUCGGAUGCCUAUUACGACAUCGGUACAAAUGCAAUCACCUAUCUAUCCUUCUACGAGUAUGGCUACUGGUCAGCUUCAGGAUGGUUCAAUGAUAUCUCCGGGUAUGCAACAUCAACUUGGACAACGACCGAUGCCACCACAAUCUCCUUUAACACAGCAACAGCAGUUGCAGCAA